ACUGUCAAUGUGAAUGUUCCGUGGUAUUGUUUUUUUUUUGCUACAAAUAUCAACAAAACAAAAACCUACAAAAUGUGAUUUAAAUUUAAAAAUACGCCUAUCAAAAAGUGCUAAUAUUGAAAACUACAUUGAAAACGUUUUCCAAAGCUGCGUUUGUUGCAUCCCCUAAGAAUGAAAUUAAGAAAUGGUUACUACGACAUUUUUGUACGUACUUGUGCUAAAAACCCUUCAAGAGUCGCUAUGAGAUAUUACAAUAUGGGGAUCUACAACAAUUACACAUACUCUGAGCUGUAUGGGGUAUGUGAGUACAUAUCUCAGAACUUACAGCAGUUGGUUUGUGGCAAGGGCAUUAUAGCCUUGGUGUCGGAGAGGAAUAUCAUUAUACCGUGUGUUAUAGCUGCGGCUCACAAGUGCAGUACCAGUUUCAUGUUUUUAGAUCCAAAACAAGACAUCCAAGCAAUUGCCAGUCAAGUAACAUGUGAGAUAUUGAUUACAAUAAAAGAGUACCAGAAAGAUGCUUCAUCAGAGCUGAAUGGUAAAAAACCAGAUAAAAGUAUCACUGUUUUUAACAUGACAAUUAACUUUUAUGAUCUGCGACAGUGUGGCAGUCAGUAUAGAUCUAUUCCUGAGCAUUCUUACAUAGCAAUGACGUCUGGUAGCACUGGAGAUCCGAAGCACAUCCAAGUUCCAGUACAUUGCCUUCAGCCCAAUAUACAUGAUCUCACAAAAAUGUUUCACAUUUCCCAUAAUGAAGUCAUAUACUUCUCAACACCUUUAACCUUUGACCCUUCAAUGAUUGAAAUAAUGCUCGCCUGUAUGAAUGGUGCCUCAUUGCUCAUAGCACCAGAAAAAGCAGACAUUUUAUUCCCAGAGAAUAGAGAAAACUCUGUCACAUUUUGGCAAACAACUCCUUCAAAAUUUUUGCAGUAUUCAAAUUUUGACAUUAAGAAUAAGAUACUCAGUGCAAAUUCUACUCUCAAAACGCUAGCUUUAGGUGGUGAACCACUAAAUGGUGUAAAGAGGUUAAAAGAGCUAAAGGAUGUUAUGAAUAAAACAAGAAUAUUUACACUCUAUGGUGUAACUGAGAUGUCUUGCUGGGCUUGUGUAGCUGAAUUGGAUCUGAGUAAGAUACAGAGCGACAGAGAAAUCCCACUCGGCGAAUGCUUAUCUGAGACACAAAUAAUAGUUAAACCAAUGAAAGAUAAUGAAGAAAAGCAUGUUGGAAAUAUCUAUUUAGCUAGCAAAACAAGAAAAUGUUUAGUCCUAAACAAAUCUGUCAAUACAGAAGAGGAAAAUUCAAUGAAAUUUAUAGACACAGGAGACAUUGGUGAAGUCAAAAAUGGUACUAUUUAUUAUAUUGGCAGAAGAGAUGAUGUUAUCAAACGAUUUGGUAAUAAAGUCAACUUGUUAGCAAUUGAAACUGUUAUAAUGGAAUGUCCCAGAGUGAAGACGUGUUCUUGUGUGUGGCUGCCAAAACCAAUGAUUCUGGUCGCGUAUUUUUCUUCAGAAACACUCAAUAGUCAGGAUUUAUCCAACUUCCUGAAGGCUAAACUUGAUGAUAAGCAUUGGCCAGACAGAAUCAUAAAAGUGGACAGCUUACCAACAAAUCCCCAUGGUAAAAUAUCCAAACGUUUGCUGUCGCAAUUGUUUGAACAGUCUUCUCAGAUGCCGAAAACUUUGGAGAAUUUGAGAUUGUUGUUACUGAAGGAAUUGGGAGAUAUAUUGGGUGUAAACUUUACAUAUGAAGACAUUAAGGAUAAAGAUUUUAUGGCUAUAGGCGGGACGUCUUUUCUAGCGGUUUCCAUGUGCAAUAAGCUAUCUCUAAUGUACUCUGAUGUAGGAAAGAUAAUCCUACCUUUGCUGCUUGCUCAGAAAAAUACUAUAGAUGAAAUUAUACAGUUGGCUCACCAGGAAUUAAAUUUGGAAAAGAAGCCAGUAACGCGUUUAAAAAGACAUAAGACUCGCAGCAUAAUAUCAGCGGCAAAGAAAAUGGCGGAAAGUCUUGCCUCGCAGAUGUCUGUAGAAUUGGUCAAUGUGUGGUCAUACAAUACUGGCAAAUGUGUUGAUGCAUCUCCCACAUUAUACCAGCAUGGAUGCAAACUGUAUGUAUCUGUGGGAAGUCAUUCAGGAAGAAUCGUCGUUAUGAAUGGUAUCACAGGGUCAUCGACAGGCGUGAUCAACGUGAAGUCGCGGGUCGAAGCUGCAGUGUGCUGUUCCAAUGAGCCACCGCUACCCACGCCCUGUGGCAUGGUGGGCACAUACGACGGCACCAUAGUGUGUUUCACUUUAGAAGAUGCCAAAGAACUGUGGAAGAUCAACAUUGGAUCUAUGAUCAAAAGCAAAGGAACGUGUUGUAAUGGACUGCUAUAUAUUGCUUCGUACGAUGGGAAUAUACGAUGUAUUGACGUUUUGACAGGCGAGUUGAAACAUACCAUAAAAAUAGUAGAUCAAGCCAUAUCAGCGGACUUGGUCCUCGCUAAGGGGGAGUACAUCCUCCUGGGCACGCUGUCUGGAGUAUGCGCUAGCGUCCACACACACAGCAAUGCUGUGGCGUGGCGCGGGACGCUGAGCAGCCCAGUGUUCGCGAGCCCCGUGCUGUACGAUAAUGACAAAUACGUGGUCUUCGCCGAGGUUAGCGGAGAAAUACACUGUAGGACUGUGGAAAAGGGGAUAGAGAUUUGGAAAUACCUUGGAGCGAAGGGGAAUGUGUUUUCAUCAAUCUACAUCAAGGAAAUCGACAAGCUGAAGUGGCAAAUGGUUUUCGGGUGUCACGACAACAAAGUAUACAGCAUCACUGUGAACAAGUUUCAACCAACACUGCAGUGGAAAACUCAGUUCACAUCGCCUGUGUAUUCUACACCAAGAUGCUUGAGCCACAAAUUGAUACUUGCAGCAUCCAAUAAUGGGAUACUUUGCAUUCUUGAUUCAGAAACGGGGACCAAAUUGUCAGAGUUUGUUCUACCUCAUGAAACUUUUUCAACGCCUGCAGUGUAUGGUGAUUAUAUAUUUAUUGGAUGCAGAAAUGAUCAUCUGUACUCGCUGAAGUGUAUUUCAAAUUAACCCUAAAUAUCCUAUGUCCAUUUCCAUUUGUUCUAAGCUACCUCCACCAAUUUUCAACCAAAUCGAUCCAGCCGUUCUUGAGUUAUAAAUAGUGUAACUAAUACGACUCUUUGUAUAUUAUAGAUGAAUUAAAUGAAUGUAAAUAUUGCAACUAAAAGCGUUAAUCCCGCGUCCACAUUUGACCUAAAAACUUGCAAAACUUGCAAUGCUAUUUGAGCAAUAUGUUUAUUUGUAUCAAUGCGCCGAUUUUAUUUUAUCACUAACGGACGCCCGCGACUUCGUCCACAUGGAAAUCAAUGUAAAGUUUCAACCCCUAUAUCACCCCUUCUAUUUUUAUUUUAGGGUCAAAAAGUACCCUGUAUGUUAAGUAUGUUUUGAUCCAAAAUCCCAUUUACCAUUAUACCAAAAUUAAUUUUGAUUGGUUCAGCCGUUUACCCGUGAAAAGAUUGUUACCUUUUGUUGUUCUUGUUGUUACCUUGGCAGACAGACAUACUUAUUUUAUUUUACUUUCGCAUUUAUAAUAUUAUUAUAGAUGAAAGGGUAGAGGGUAUCUAAUGUAAAUUUUGCGCUAGAACAAAUGUGGACAUUCAAUACAUUUUGCCUUUCUCUUCAUAUAUCUAACUACUACAUAUUAUUAAUUUGGGAAAACAAACCUUCCCCAAAAAAUUCAUUGAAGUUGUCACUCCCCAAAAAAUGCAUUUUUUAUUAAAGCAACUUUAUCCAAAUUGUAUUAUGUUGUUAAGAAAAUCAUGCAAACAAGUCAUAUCUGUACAUAGCGGUGGGUUACUGAACUUUCUUUUUUUUAUGUAAAUAAAACCUUUAAUUUAAACCUCAUUAUCAUAAUUUUAAUAAUUACUUGCAUAACUGUAUUUGAUGAACCUACUUGUAUAUAUUAUUACUGUGAUGCAGUUUAAUUGGAAUAACUUUACGAGUUCAAAAAAUGUAAAUUCCACUAGUCAUAUUUGAUAAGAAUAAAGUAAUUAUAAAUUGGA